AUGCCGCCUCCUCCUCAUUGUGGGGCCGGGGCCGGCGGCGGCCCUUGGGAGAGGCCCGAGGCCGGGGUGCGCGGCGCACGCUGAGACUCGUGCGAGGGGCCGACCCGGCCCGGGGAGCCCCCCGGAAACUUUCUGGCGGGAGGAGAGGCCGCCCGCCCCGGCGCUGCUCCGGGCGAUGCGCGUCUGUGCGCGGCGGCCCCGACUGCGGCGCGGACCCCGAACCCCGGAGGACUGACGUGAAGGACAGUAGUCCGCUCUGGCGGCCACGCCAUGAAUGGGAUGGCCAACGUGAAUUCUGCCAGCCGCCCUCACUAUGCCUCCUCCAUCCCUGUGCCCAGAGCCUCUUCCCAGACCAGGAUUCCCACGCCGGGUGCAUCUCCCCAGCUGCGACCGCGCCAGGCCGGCCUGGCCCUCAGCCCACAGCGAGCGGCUUCUCCAAGGCUGGUCAAGGCUGCGGGCUCUUCCAGAAACUCUUCGCCCAAGGCCUCCCGCGGGAGAGGCUCUCCAAGAGCUACUGGGGCAGCAAGGGAGUUGGCUGAGGGUGGUGAAGGCCUCCCCAGCUCCCCCUGGAGCAGUCCCAGAGUAACCCCCAAAGCAGCCCCCUCCAGCCGGGCAGGGACCAGAAGAGUCGGGGAGACACAAGGCACCCAGGGAAAGAAGAAGAAGGCCCAGGAAGGGAUUCUAGCCCACCAGACCCAUGGCAGGAGCCCAUCCCAGACAAGUGCUCAUGUAGAAACUCAAAUACCAGGGGCUCCUGAAGGUCGAAAGCCUCCUAGCUGCCCAGGAAAAGAUCAAAGAGAUAUAAACUACACACAUUCUCCAGAGUCUGCUGAUGGAGCAGCUUCAGGGGCCUCCUCGCCAGCUUACAGCCCAGCACAGAGCAAGCGCACCUCUCCCAGCCCAGGGGCCAUUAACUUCUCCUCGGUCCAUCAGCAGAGCCAGCCCAUCACAGCCACCGUGGCCCCCUUCCAGUACAGGUUGCAGACAGACCAGGAGCCUGGCCCCAUCCCUCAGGGCAGCUGGGCCCUUGAUGGCUACUCCAGCCCCACGAGCAGGACAGAGGGCAGCUUCUCUGGUGUGGACGCGCGGAUCGUCCAUGCGCUCCUCGCGGGCAGAAUGCUGGGCAGCAGCGUCAAGAGCGCGCAGCCUGAGGUGGAGCUGAGCAGCGGUGGCGGCGACGAGGGCGCGGACGAGCCGCGGGGAGCCGGCAAGAAGGCGGCUGCAGCCGACGGCCGAGGCAUGCUGCCCAAGCGCGCCAAGGCGCCCGGCGGCGGCGGCAUCAGCAUGGCCAAGGCCAGCGCGGCAGAGCUGAAGGUCUUCAAGUCCGGCAGCGUGGACAGCCGUGUCCCCGGCGGGCCACCCACCUCCAACCUGCGCAAACAGAAGUCGCUCACGAACCUCUCGUUCCUCACGGAUUCCGAGAAAAAGCUGCAGCUCUAUGAACCCGAGUGGAGCGACGAUAUGGCCAAGGCACCCAAGGGUUUGGGCAAGAUGGGGUCCAAGGGCCGCGAGGCGCCGCUGAUGUCCAAGACGCUGUCCAAGUCUGAGCACUCGCUCUUCCAGGCCAAGGGCAGCCCGGCGGGCGGCGCCAAGACUCCCCUGGCCCCUCUGGCUCCCAGCCUGGGAAAACCGAGCCGGAUCCCGCGCGGACCCUACGCGGAGGUCAAGCCCCUCAGCAAGGCGCCCGAGGCGGCGGUGAGCGACGACGGCAAAUCGGACGACGAGCUGCUCUCCAGCAAGGCCAAAGCGCAGAAAGGCUCCGGGCCAGUGCCCCCAGCCAAGGGCCAGGAGGAACGCGCCUUCCUCAAGGUGGACCCCGAGCUCGUGGUGACCGUGUUGGGCGACCUGGAGCAGCUACUCUUCAGCCAGAUGCUGGACCCAGAGUCCCAGAGGAAGAGGACAGUGCAGAAUGUCCUGGAUCUUCGACAGAACCUGGAAGAGACCAUGUCCAGCUUGCGAGGCUCCCAGGUGACUCACAGCUCCCUGGAGAUGACCUGCUAUGACAGCGACGAUGCCAACCCUCGCAGCGUGUCCAGCCUCUCCAACCGCUCGUCCCCCCUCUCCUGGCGCUAUGGCCAGUCCAGCCCGCGGCUGCAGGCUGGCGACGCACCCUCAGUGGGUGGGAGCUGCCGCUCCGAGGGGCCACCCGCCUGGUACAUGCACGGGGAGCGCACCCACUACUCCCACACCAUGCCCAUGCGCAGCCCCAGCAAGCUCAGCCACAUCUCCCGCCUGGAGCUGGUCGAGUCCCUGGACUCGGAUGAGGUGGACCUCAAGUCUGGCUACAUGAGUGACAGUGACCUCAUGGGCAAAACUAUGACAGAAGAUGAUGACAUCACCACUGGCUGGGAUGAAAGCAGCUCUAUCAGCAGCGGGCUCAGUGAUGCCUCUGACAACCUCAGCUCGGAAGAGUUCAAUGCCAGCUCCUCACUCAACUCCCUCCCGACUACGCCCACUGCUUCUCGCAGGAACUCUACAAUAGUGCUACGCACAGACUCGGAGAAGCGCUCCCUGGCAGAAAGUGGGCUGAGCUGGUUUAGUGAAUCAGAGGAGAAGGCCCCUAAAAAACUGGAGUACGACAGUGGUAGCCUGAAGAUGGAGCCUGGGACUUCUAAGUGGCGGAGGGAGCGGCCCGAGAGCUGUGAUGACUCAUCCAAGGUUGGGGAACUGAAAAAGCCCAUCAGCCUGGGACAUCCUGGUUCUCUGAAGAAGGGCAAGACCCCUCCGGUGGCUGUCACAUCCCCCAUCACUCACACAGCCCAGAGUGCCCUCAAAGUUGCUGGUAAACCUGAAGGCAAAGCCACAGACAAGGGCAAGCUUACAGUGAAGAAUGCUGGGCUACAGCGUUCCUCUUCCGAUGCUGGCCGGGAUCGUCUGAGCGAUGCUAAGAAGCCCCCCUCGGGCAUUGCUCGCCCCUCCACUUCAGGAUCCUUUGGCUAUAAGAAGCCUCCUCCUGCCACAGGCACAGCCACUGUCAUGCAGACUGGUGGCUCAGCCACUCUCAGCAAGAUCCAGAAGUCCUCGGGCAUCCCCGUAAAGCCUGUCAAUGGACGCAAGACAAGCUUAGAUGUGUCCAACAGCGCAGAGCCCGGAUUCUUGGCUCCUGGAGCCCGGUCCAACAUCCAGUACCGCAGCCUGCCCCGGCCAGCCAAGUCCAGUUCUAUGAGCGUGACUGGUGGGCGGGGCGGACCUCGCCCUGUGAGCAGCAGCAUUGAUCCCAGUCUGCUCAGCACCAAGCAAGCGGGCCUUACCCCCUCUAGACUGAAGGAGCCCUCCAAGGUUGCCAGUGGGCGGAGCGCGCCAGCUCCCGUCAAUCAGACAGAUCGGGAAAAGGAAAAGGCCAAAGCCAAGGCAGUGGCCUUGGACUCAGACAACAUCUCCUUGAAGAGCAUUGGCUCCCCAGAGAGUACUCCCAAGAACCAAGCAAGCCACCCCCCAGCCACUAAGCUUGCAGAGCUGCCACCAACCCCUCUCAGGGCCACAGCUAAGAGCUUUGUCAAGCCACCCUCACUAGCCAAUCUAGACAAGGUCAACUCCAACAGUCUGGAUCUACCGUCGUCCAGCGACACCCACACUUCAAAAGUCCCAGACCUGCAUGCUACAAGCUCAGCAACUGGGGGCCCUCUCCCUACUUGCUUCACCCCCAGUCCGGCACCUAUCCUCAAUAUUAACUCAGCCAGCUUCUCCCAGGGCCUGGAGCUAAUGAGCGGUUUCAGUGUUCCCAAGGAAACCCGCAUGUACCCCAAACUCUCAGGCCUGCACAGGAGCAUGGAGUCCCUCCAGAUGCCAAUGAGCCUGCCCAGUACCUUCCCCAGCAGUUCUCCCAUCCCCACCCCACCUGCUGCUCCUGCUGCGCCCCCAGAGGAAGAAACAGAAGAGCUGACCUGGAGCGGAAGCCCCAGGGCCGGACAGCCGGACAGUAAUCAGCGGGAUCGGAACACCCUUCCCAAGAAAGGGCUCAGGUACCAGCUUCAGUCCCAGGAGGAGACCAAGGAGAGACGACACUCCCACACCAUCGGCGGGCUGCCCGAAUCCGAUGACCAGGCAGAGCUACCUUCCCCACCUGCCCUCUCCGUGUCCCUGAGUGCCAAGGGCCAGCUUACCAACAUAGUGAGUCCCACUGCGGCCACCACGCCAAGAAUCACUCGCUCCAACAGCAUCCCCACCCACGAGGCGGCCUUCGAGCUGUACAGCGGCUCCCAAAUGGGGAGCACCCUGUCCCUGGCCGAGAGACCCAAGGGAAUGAUUCGGUCAGGAUCCUUCCGAGACCCCACGGACGAUGUUCAUGGCUCUGUGCUGUCCCUGGCCUCCAGUGCCUCCUCCACGUACUCCUCAGCUGAGGAGAGGAUGCAAUCUGAGCAAAUCCGGAAGCUUCGUAGGGAACUGGAAUCAUCCCAGGAGAAAGUAGCCACCCUGACAUCUCAACUUUCUGCCAACGCUAACCUAGUGGCUGCUUUUGAGCAGAGCCUGGUGAACAUGACAUCUCGCUUACGGCACCUGGCAGAGACUGCGGAGGAGAAGGACACUGAGCUGCUGGAUUUGCGGGAAACCAUAGAUUUUCUGAAGAAAAAGAACUCUGAGGCUCAAGCAGUCAUUCAGGGAGCCCUGAAUGCCUCAGACACCACACCCAAAGAGCUCCGGAUCAAGAGACAGAACUCCUCAGAUAGCAUCUCAAGCCUCAACAGCAUCACCAGCCAUUCCAGCAUCGGCAGCAGCAAGGAUGCUGAAGCCAAAAAGAAGAAGAAAAAGAGUUGGGUGUAUGAGCUUCGAAGUUCCUUCAACAAAGCCUUCAGUAUAAAAAAGGGACCCAAGUCAGCUUCCUCAUACUCUGAUAUCGAGGAGAUUGCCACACCUGACUCCUCAGCCCCCUCCUCCCCUAAACUGCAGCAUGGCUCCACAGAGACUGCCUCACCCUCCAUCAAGUCCUCCAACUCGUCAUCUGUGGGCACUGAUGUCCCUGAGGCACCUGCUCACUCAGCUCCCCCCACAAGGCUCUUCCACGCCAAUGAGGAGGAGGAGCCGGAGAAGAAGGAGGUAUCAGAGUUGCGCUCUGAGCUGUGGGAAAAAGAGAUGAAGCUUACAGACAUCCGCUUGGAGGCUCUCAACUCUGCCCACCAACUGGACCAGCUUAGGGAGACCAUGCACAACAUGCAGCUGGAGGUGGACCUGCUGAAAGCAGAGAAUGACCGGCUAAAGGUCGCCCCUGGCCCCUCCUCAGGCUCCACUCCAGGGCAGGUCCCUGGAUCCUCUGCUCUGUCAUCCCCUCGCCGGUCCCUCGGCCUUGCACUUACCCAUUCCUUCAGCCCAAGCCUCACAGACACAGACCUAUCACCCAUGGAUGGCAUCAGCACCUGCGGUCCAAAGGAGGAAGUAUCCCUUCGGGUGGUGGUACGGAUGCCCCCUCAGCAUAUUAUCAAAGGGGACUUGAAGCAGCAGGAAUUCUUCCUGGGAUGUAGCAAGGUCAGUGGAAAAGUUGACUGGAAGAUGCUGGAUGAAGCUGUUUUCCAAGUGUUCAAGGACUACAUAUCCAAAAUGGAUCCAGCCUCCACCCUGGGUCUAAGCACUGAGUCCAUCCAUGGCUACAGCCUCAGCCAUGUGAAACGAGUGUUGGAUGCUGAACCCCCAGAGAUGCCUCCAUGCCGUCGAGGGGUCAAUAACAUAUCAGUCUCCCUCAAAGGUCUGAAGGAGAAAUGUGUGGACAGCCUGGUGUUCGAGACGCUGAUCCCCAAGCCAAUGAUGCAGCACUACAUCAGUCUCCUGCUCAAGCACCGUCGUCUUGUGCUCUCGGGCCCCAGUGGUACAGGCAAGACCUACCUGACCAAUCGACUGGCUGAAUACUUGGUGGAGCGCUCAGGCCGUGAGGUCACUGAAGGCAUCGUCAGCACCUUCAACAUGCACCAGCAAUCUUGCAAGGAUCUACAACUGUACCUCUCGAACCUGGCCAACCAGAUAGACCGGGAAACAGGGAUUGGGGAUGUGCCCUUGGUGAUUUUACUGGAUGAUCUGAGUGAAGCAGGCUCCAUCAGUGAGCUGGUCAAUGGGGCCCUCACUUGCAAGUAUCACAAAUGUCCCUACAUUAUAGGUACCACCAAUCAGCCUGUAAAAAUGACACCCAACCAUGGCUUGCACUUGAGUUUCAGGAUGCUGACCUUCUCCAACAACGUGGAGCCAGCCAACGGCUUCCUGGUGCGUUACCUGCGAAGGAAGUUGGUAGAGUCAGACAGUGACGUCAAUGCCAACAAGGAAGAGCUGCUUCGGGUGCUGGACUGGGUGCCCAAGCUGUGGUAUCACCUGCACACCUUUCUUGAGAAGCACAGCACCUCAGACUUCCUCAUCGGCCCUUGCUUCUUUCUGUCCUGUCCAAUUGGCAUUGAAGACUUCCGGACCUGGUUCAUCGACCUGUGGAACAACUCCAUCAUUCCCUACCUACAGGAAGGAGCCAAGGAUGGGAUCAAGGUCCACGGACAGAAAGCUGCUUGGGAGGACCCAGUGGAGUGGGUCCGGGACACUCUUCCCUGGCCAUCAGCCCAACAAGACCAGUCGAAGCUGUACCACCUGCCCCCACCCACUGUGGGUCCUCAUAGCAUUGCCUCACCUCCGGAGGAUAGGACAGUCAAAGACAGCACCCCGAGCUCUCUGGACUCAGACCCUCUGAUGGCCAUGCUGCUGAAACUUCAGGAGGCUGCCAACUACAUUGAGUCUCCAGAUCGAGAGACCAUCUUGGACCCCAACCUCCAGGCAACGCUCUGAGGGUCCCAGAGUCACUGUCACCCCAGACAGCAGAAGGCUGGCAUCGGCUUUGUUAGCUCCUCCUCUCCCCUCUUCUCUCAAAGCACUGGCUCUCCAGCCCUGGGAGGAGAACAGGAGGGAGGAGGAAGGCAAGAAGAGGGGCAGGUUCUUGGUGCUGCACUUUUGAGAACUUCCUAGUAGGGAUUUGGUGGGGUGGCGUUGGGGAACUGUGUCACCUAAGCAGAUUUACUGACCUCCUCUCAUGACUUGGGGGAAAAGAUAAUUCUGGGUCUUUUCCUUGUUUUCUUGUUUCAAUUACAAACUCCUGGGCUUUCUGAGGAAGGGUUCGGAAGACAUCAAGAGACUGCAGCAGUUCCUAGCUGAUUCUCAUGAGCAACUCUGAGACAGUCACAGGAAGGGGAGUCUGAGGAGGCAGGAAGCUUCGCUUGCUGACUUUCUCACAGACCCUUCCCAAUUCUAUCACCACUGCCAACGACUCUUCCCCCAGAGAUCUGGCUGGAGCCCAGAAAAGAAGCAUGUGGUUUUAAAAAUGCAUAAAUCAACCUGUAAAUGGUAACAGGCAAUGGAAAAGAUGAAGCUGGAGAAAGGGGACCCAGUUGCCAAGGUAGAAAGAGAGCUGCUAGCUCUUGCCUUCUGGAUGACAUCGGGGAUGUUGACAAGGCAGCUUCCAAAUCUAAGAAGUCACCAGAUCACAAAAGUAAUAUUACAGCCUUCAGAGAAAGACCACUAGCUCUGUCUUUCUACCUUCUAAUUUAACAUUCGUGAGAGUCAAUAAACCCUACUUUUUUAUUUUUUAUUUUUUAAUUUGUUUCUAUUUUUUCUAUCAUUUGCCUAUUUAUUUUUCUCUCCCUCUCCCCCAUAUCCUCACAUGUCCAUGAGGUACUUGAGUUGCUUUUCCAGGGGCUACUUGGGCUUUUCCAAGUGGGCUUUCCAUGGAGAAUCUGAUACCAUCUAAUUGGUACCAGCUAAACACCUCCAUGCCACUGUCUUUGGCAUCCUUGGGGCUUAUGUGAGACACGAAGUACCAGCUCACCAGUAAUAGGAGAAGAGGCACUCAGUUCCCUUGACUUUCCUUUUGGGAAAACACAUGAUCUGCCUGGGAGCUCAACUGCCAGCCUCUGGCAUAGUAGAAGAUCUGCUCUGAGCGUCAUCGUGGACUGGAGGAAACGCCGGAGAGUGGAAAUGUUCCUCUGUCUGGUGGCCCAUUUGCCAACUCCAUGUACUGUUUGGAUGGUAGGCAUUUUGCCUGACUGAAUCAAAAUUCCCUAUCAGCCCUUAACUGCGUAUUUGUUUUUGGUAGGUGAAUAUUCAUUUAUAAGAAACUGAAUAUCCAUAUGAGAUACUCCAAAUCUGAGUGUAUGGUUCAAGGAGUUUGAUUUGGUGGUGAAUAGCUGCCUUCCACAGAGAUCCUACUUCUUGCAAAAGUUGUCCUUUUCCUGUGACCCUGAAGGUCUGGCAGUCAUGUUCCCUCUUUUGACAAGUACUUACUGAACACUUAACUUGUGUACCAGUCACUAGAUGAAAACAAAGAGACAAGACUUGGACCCUGAGGUUCAUGGUCUGGUAGGAAAUGUUGCCAUCCAUUAGGUGUACGCGCCCUGUUACCUGGACCUUCAGGAUCAGCUAAGAAAUGUAGCUGAAACUCAAAGAGUCAGCUAAAAAGUAGCCUUUGAGUAGAUGUCCAGUACACUGGGGCAGAAGAUCUGGGAUCAAUUAAGAUCUGAAGGACUAUGGAAUCUUGCUUGUGUGGAGUGGGCGAGUCUAUUCCUGCCGUUUCUGAAAGCCCUAUGGGACCAGAUUCCAGGCCCAGCUGCCCAAUAGGCUGAAUUUCAGGGCACUUGUGGAUCAGGGAUAUGAGAUGAGCCUGGGAUUGAGUGUUUGCUCUUCAGAUUCCUAAGUAGUACAAGGCUUUAUCAGAAUCUAUAAGCAUACUAACUUGGAUUGCUCUGUUCCACCAACCUAGGAGUAGAUGCAUCCAAAUCUUUAUAUCAGAAUAUUUUCAUUUAGGUCAACAAGAUGGUCUGCACCCCAGAAAAGCUUGGUAAUUUCACCUGAUAGCACCCAGGGAUGACAGGGUCCUCUGUGCUGGAGACUAUAAUCGCUCUUGCUGCUAAUUCCAUGAGCUGUGAAGAUCCCCAGCCAACUCAGCUGUAAAAUAUGCAAUCUGUGGCGGGAAGAGGUUGUUUGUCUAUGGAUGGUGCUGAAAUCACUGCCUUAAGGUCUCUGCUAUGCAGAAUGAGGAGGCCACAGAGCUGGGUGUUCCAACUUAGAAGGCAAGGAAGACCAAACAGGCCUACUUUGGGCAUAGGCCUCUUCUAAACCCCAGCCUAAGCUCCAGACCCAUGGCAAGGCUCAGACUUUUAAUGCCACCUUAACCUGAUGGUUGAGCCCCUAACUCUGUUUUCUGGUGCUGCCCAGCCAGUGCCUUCUGACAUGGAUGUAACUGGCUACCUGAGAAAAACGAGCGGGGAGAACCCCUUCUUCUGUUCCAACUGCCUCAGAUCACAGAAGGAUGCUUGUGUCUCUGGUAACUGCGGAUACCACCGUGAAUCUUUUCGGUUCCUCAGCAGGCUGUUUCUGGAGGCCUCAUGCUAUGAGCUUUUGUUUCUGUUCCUGGGACUCACCACCAUCCGCUCUCAGUUCACUGCUGCACUUAGCCCAGGUCUCUUAAUUGCUUUCUUCCAGAAGGUGUGUUCCCAUCCGGUAAAGUGUUAGUGAAGCUCCGCUUUCCCUCUGGAGCCCGAGACCCUGUUUACAGUUGCACGUCCUGGCCUCUCAUGGUGGGGACCGAGGACACCUCGGUCUCACAAAAGAGUUGCGGUUAUGUGGCAACUGCAGAAGGUUGAGCCUCCUCAUGGUGCUAUAGCCCCUUGGGGCGCUCAUUCAGACUUCUCCGAAGCAUAAAAGCCAAGCUUCCCCCUCGCUGCCCUAGAAUUAACAGCAAGGAACAAAUCCAUAGCAUUCUCUCCUGCCUUCACACCUACUUGGUUGAGACUUUCGGGAUCCCGAAGAAGAGAAAAACUGGGUCCUCUAGCUAAAUUCUCAACCCCCAAGCACCUUCAGAGGAAUCCAGCCUAUCUAAUUCUGGAAUCUGUGCUAUUCCAUUCCGCUCCACCCACCCCACAACUUCAUCCGUCACCACAGUUGGCUAGUAUAGAACACGGUUUAACACCCAACAUGACCCUGAAGAGAGCCACAGCUGCAGGAGAGGUUCCUCGGCAGAGACCCUCUCACUUAGGAAGAAGACCAACAAGAUGUGUCUGGUGUAUUGGUUGCUCAGUCCCUGCCUAGACACUAAACAUAAAAUACUAGGUAAUUGGAGGCUAAUGUGGGACCUGAUGUCUGUAUGAGUAUGUUUGUGAAUGUAUGUGUGUGUGUGUGUGACACAAGAGCACUUUUCUGUUGCCGUUUCCUAUCUUCUGAGGCUUCAUAGAGUAUUUUUUAAAAAUCCAUGCUUUGUGACAACUCUACGGUGCUUAUUUUUGUCUUCAUGUAAAUCCUAAUACUAGUGUCCUUCAUCUAGUCUAACCAUUGGGAAGGUGGAGGCUGGCAGGGAAAAACUAGCUAAAUGUCCAGGAGACGCCCUAAAGUGAUGUCCUUAUUGGUUGGAAUACUAUAUUUUGAUCUUGAAUGACCAACUUUCUACCCAUACUCCUUAAGGACCUAAGAUAAAGUGAAUUUUUGUUUUUCAUUUCUUUCAUUCUCAAUUUCCUGCUUUGCAAGAGUCGAAGUGGACCAGUCUCACGAGCUUACUUCUAGCUUCCUGGGGCAAGAGUCACAAUAUUCAGAGGCACAUCCCCUCGCACUGGUCUGAGAAGUAACUCUAUUUCCUGUAGUAUUCCAAAAGAGUGAGAAGAGAGCAGCUGUAGCCUGCCACUUCUCACCAACACCUCCUGUUACCUAGGAUGACACCUGUGUACAGCAACCCAGCACGUUAGUGAAAUUUGCUUGAUUGAAAAGACUCAGUCCUGCAAACCAGGAUCAGACACUUAUAUGAGGCCUUAAGGAUUCUUUAUUACAAGAUGUAUGAGAGGAGAAGUCCUAAUCACACAUUCAACACAGGGUUCAAAUACUGAAGCAUCCCAGGUCAUCAAAUGCAGCUCAUCAUUUACCUUUUCUUUCCUUAAUCCUUGGCAGUAGCUAACCUGAAGCUAACCUGAACUUGGAUAGCAUGAAAAAAUGUGGUUUUGCAGAGGGUUUACUAAUGGAAAUGGGUGUACUAGUGGAAUGCUAGUACAGUCUUACGAUGACCAUAAGAACUGCUUACAAGUUCUGAUCCAUACCCCACUGAAAAGGCCAUAAGUAAUCAAAGGGUCUUAGGGGCACUAUGCUCCCAAAAGGCCAAAGUCUGAAGCUAUUGCCCUUUAUAAUUGAAUCUGCUUUAUAUAUUCAAGGGUCCUCAAUCAACCUGCUCAGGGAUAUAUGGAGCUGCCAACUUACUCUGCCCACUGCAAAGGGUGUGCGUGUCUGCAUCACUUGCACACUGAAGCAAGCACUGUGACUGUAGACCCUAGGGAAACCUGACUAAGGUGGAAAGUGCUGGAGCCUUGAAGUAAGGAAACCAAUUGGAAAUCAUAGCUGAAACUGGCCAAGUUAAAAAUUAAGCUUAUUUAUACUGGCUCUAUGCAUCUUGAUGUUUUAGCCACUUCUCUUAGCCAUGGAGAAUUUUCUGUGACAAGGGUGACCAUGAAGAGUGCCCCAUGGUUUCUUGAUUCAACUAUUCACCCCCCAAAACAGUGGUACUCAAAGGAUCAGCAAACUGAUACUGUACUCAGCAGCAUCUGCAAACUUGUUAGAAAUUAAAUUCUGAGGCCUCACCCAUGUCUACUUUAUCAGAAACUCCAUGGCUAGAGCCCAACAAUCCAUGCUUUAACAGCACCACCCUGCACAUACAGUGGAACUGUUGCUAAAGUUUGAGAUUCAGCUGUUUUAAAGGUAAAGCUGCUCUUGAGGGGCAAAGCCCUUACUCAGGGGGCUUUGGGAACAAAAAUAAGGUCCCAGGUUAUAAACCGAGUGCUAACAUUAAUUUCAAAGUCCUUUUCUCAUACUUCCCUAUGUUUCUGUUUGCUUCUUUCAAAUUAUCAAAAGAAACAAUAUGUGCACUUCAGGGCAGAAGUUAGGUGAGUGUAUGUAUCUUUUCCACUUGAAUGCAACCUUCAGAGAAAAAUCUCUUAUGCCUGAAAUUUCCUUCAGGCAAACUAAGGAGCUUCACCAGAGGAAGGCAGUCUCUCUGGGUUGCUCUUCCGCUGGAUUAUUUGUGUCUACUUUGAGUCUUUUUCUGAUUAUGUAACGGAGAGGAAAGUAAAAAGAAAAAAAUCUAAGUUGUAUUUCCAUGAUAAGAUGUUCCGCCAGCAACAUAACCUCGCCCUUACUUGAAGUAUAAAGUGCACUGCUAGGUCUGAGAACCCAGCCAGAACCUCUCCAGGGCAGUAACAACUUUAGGGCUCCAGUACCCCAGGAAGCCCCAUGUCCAUGCUCUGCUCAGGGCACGGCAGAGAGUUCCCUACUAUGAGGACACAGUAGUAAGCACCUAUGUCCAUGGGCUCACCUUUUCUUUUCCUCACACUAGGACCUGGAUACAGAAGUACUCGGCAAAAGUGACAGAAUAAAAUCCUUUUUAAAAAGGAAUCUGAAAGGAGCUUCCUAUCUUCCCAAACUCACAGACCAGCUGAUGGGGCCAUGGGGAGGACGAGGCUAUUUAAAACUGGCUUAGUUCCAAGUUGUUUGAUUCAACUGCGAAUCAGGGAGCUUUGGGGCAGAGCACAAAGAAACAUACUGGUACUAAUUCUCCUGAACUGUGACACUUGGAGGACUAAAGCCUCAGGAAGACAAGAGUAAACAACUGCAGUAAAAUCACCCCCUUGGUCCCCGGAAGACCAUAAUGGGUCCUUUGGCCAUCUCCUGUGGGGUCAUCCUGCUUCCCUGCCAUUUUUCUGAGAAGGAAGAUAAUAAAAUAAAGAACAAGCUCACAAAUCGCAGCCAGUCUGGGCUACUGCUGUGCAGUGCCCACCCCCACUUCAUUUCCUAGUGUUCUUUUGUGUGUUUUUUUUAAACAAAGCAAUCAUUUUUAAUGACCGCUAGCCCCUGCUAGCUUCCUUUCCUUCCUCCUCCCCAUCCUGCUUUAGGCAGCAUUGUUUAUGUGACGGAGUCUAUUUCUCAAAUGCAUGGCAUUCCUCAGGUGGAGGGUGGGCAGGAAUUUCCACAUCACUUUAAUUUAUUGGUUGCAAAACCCCAAAUCAGGAUAUGUGUGUGUGUUCUAUGGUUUGUUUGUUUGUUUGUUUGUUUUUCUCAUUUGACCCUCACCUCUUCUAACCUACCCCCUUUUUCUAUCAAACAUAGAAAAAACAAAGCUGAAUCUGGAAAGCAAACCGUUGUAUAUAGUUGCGGUAACAAUCAUGAAGAGCGCUGGGUUGUCCCCACAGUAAUUCAUUUUAAACAACAAAUCAGUUGAAAAUUAAAUUCAUGCCUGGGCCAGCUGAAGAGGCCUUCCUUCAUUAUCAAAGAGGCCCUUCAUAGGGGCCCUCUGUCCAUCAGGCAUGUCUCUUCCCAGCAAAAUUCAUCUGUUUGAGGCCAUUUGCGUUUCAAUAAAGUUAUCUCCUGUAUUGUCA